AUGGAUGAUAGCGGCGGCGGCCACCGGAGGUCCGACAGCUACCUCCCGCCGGGAUUCCGGUUCCACCCCACCGACGAAGAACUCAUUGCCCAUUACCUCCUGAAGAAGGUCCUCGACUCCCACUUCUCCUCCCCCGCAAUCGCCCAAGUCGAUCUCAAUAAGUCCGAGCCCUGGGACCUCCCCGAGAAAGCUUCGAUGGGAGAGAAGGAGUGGUACUUCUUCAGCCUGAGAGACCGGAAGUACCCGACCGGUCUACGAACGAACCGGGCGACGGAAGCCGGGUACUGGAAGGCGACCGGAAAAGACCGGGAAAUCUUGAGCUCCAAAACCCGGUCCACACUGGCCAUGAAGAAAACCCUGGUUUUCUACACAGGUAGAGCCCCCAAAGGGCAAAAAACCAACUGGGUUAUGCACGAGUUCCGACUCGCCGGAAAAUUCGCUUACCAUUUUCUCUUCGCCGCUUCCUCCAAGGAUGAAUGGGUGAUAUCCAGAGUUUUCAAGAAAAGCGGCUCCGGCGCCGGUGCCGCCCUGUGCGGCGGAGCAAUGAAGAAGUCUCAGCUGAACCCUGAACCGAGCUCGCCUUCCUCGGUGUCUCUGCCCCCACUUCUCGACUCAUCUCCCUACCCCUCCGCCGCCUUCACUGAACGUGACGGCUGCUCUCUCGACGACCCGAGAGAGCACGAGCUGCACGUGACCUGUUUCUCCACCAACAACAACCUUGCCGGCGCCGGCUUCCCCUCCGGCGGCGGCCUCGAUUUCUCCACCUCCGGCUUCCCGAGCCUCCAGUCGCCGUUCUUCUCCACCGUGGCUCCGGCGCCGCUGCAGCCGCUGACGCAUCUCCUCGCCGGCGGCACCGACUUUGAUGGGUGCGGCGGAGGUACGGCGGCGGAGGAGUCGAGACCAAUCGGUUUCGCUGACAUGGCUGAUACGUGGACCUUCUAA